GCGAGAUCAGGCUGUCCGGCAAGCCUGGUGCGCUGCCAGCGCCGGACGCGGAGGCGGCCAGCUCUGCUGCGCCCAGCAGCGCGAGCUCCACCGUCUCCGCGUCCGACGUGGCUACGCUCUCGGAGGCGGACCUGUCCAGCAACCCUGGCGGCGAGGGCCCCGCGUCGUCGAGCACAUGCCGCGCGACUCCGGCGUCGUCCUCGUCGGCCCCUGCCAAGGAGGAGCCCGGGCCCGAGGAGCCGAGGACUCGCGUGGAGUCCAUCAUUUCCGAGCUCUUUCAGGGCAAGAUUGUCUCGGUGGUCAGAUGUCUGGAGUGCAGCAGGACAUCCAGGACGCACGAGGUGAUCUUCGACGUGUCCGUCCCCAUCCCGAACCCCAACGAGGGCGUCGGCGGAUUCGCGCCCGAGGUGCCGCCGGGCGCGGUGCUGGCGGGGCAGAAAGGACCGACGUGGGGCGCCAUGCUCGGUGGUAUCCCUGGGAAGGUGAAGGGCUGGUUCUACGACAAGGGGGUCGACAUCACCGACUGCCUGCGGAAGUACUGCGCCCCCGAGUACCUCACCGGGAAGGACAAGUACUUCUGCGAGCGCUGCAAGAGGAAGAACGACUGCGAGAAGAGGAUCGCCUUCGAGGAUCCUCCGGAGGUGCUCGUGAUUCACAUCAAGAGGUUCCGCUACGACGCGGGCUGGUUCAAUGGGACCAAGAACUCGAGAGUGGUCACCUUCCCGGUCACCAGGCAGCUGGACAUGUCUCCCUACCUGGACGGCCCGACGAAUAGGUCGGCCGAGUACAGGUUGAUCGGGCUCAUCCAGCACAUCGGCUCCAUGGGCGGCGGCCACUACAUAUCGUACUGCCGGCACAAGAGGAAGCCAGAGGACUGGUUCGAGUUCGACGACGCGCAGGUGACUAACGUCGGCCAUGAGCAGGUGGAGCGCGCCGAGCCGUACGUGCUGUUCUACCAGCGCGUGCCCUCUAGGGGCAACAAGCUGGAGCGGCGGGGGCGGUCAUCGCUGACGAGGGGGGUUCCGUGA